UUUGCCUGUAGUCGAACGUCCAUACAUUUCUCUGAAACCUACAUACACACCGAAUAGUCUGAUCAUGUUAGGUACAGACUGUACUAGUGCUCCACCGGAUCUUGCGAAGUGCAGCCAGGAAGCGUCAUAGACUCCACGUCGCCAAGAAGACUCUCCGCUCUAAACUAGUCUACCAGCCCGACUCAUUUCUCAGGGUGGUCGGGCACUUUGGCCAAACACUACCCGCAGACGUAGAAACAUGCCUCUCCGUUUGGACAUCAAGCGGAAGCUGACCGCUCGGUCGGACCGUGUGAAGAGUGUGGACCUGCACCCAACUGAACCAUGGAUGGUUGCCAGCCUGUACAAUGGCAGUGUCUGUGUCUGGAACCACGAGACACAGACCCUGGUGAAGACAUUCGAGGUGUGUGACCUGCCUGUGAGAGUGGCUAAGUUUGUGGCGAGGAAGCACUGGGUCAUUGCUGGAGCAGAUGACAUGCAGAUCCGUGUGUUUAACUACAACACUCUGGAGAGAGCUCACAUGUUUGAGGCCCACUCUGACUACAUCCGCUGCAUCGCAGUCCACCCAACACAACCUUACAUCCUUACCAGCAGUGAUGACAUGCUGAUCAAGCUUUGGGACUGGGACAGGAAGUGGGUGUGUGGUCAGGUGUUUGAGGGCCACACCCACUAUGUCAUGCAGAUCGUCAUCAACCCUAAAGACAACAACCAGUUCGCCAGCGCCUCCCUGGACAGGACCAUUAAGGUGUGGCAGCUGGGAUCUUCCUCCCCUAACUUCACUCUGGAGGGCCAUGAGAAAGGAGUCAACUGUAUCGACUACUACAGCGGAGGGGACAAGCCCUAUCUUAUAUCAGGAGCUGACGACCGCCUGGUCAAGAUCUGGGACUACCAGAAUAAGACAUGUGUGCAGACUCUAGAGGGCCAUACCCAGAAUGUGUCCUGUGUCAGCUUUCACCCUGAGCUGCCAAUCAUUCUCACAGGCUCCGAGGACGGCACCGUGAGAGUCUGGCAUUCCAGCACGUACCGCCUGGAGAACACACUGAACUAUGGGAUGGAACGUGUGUGGUGUGUGUGUGGCCAACGAGGCGCCAACAGUGUGGCGCUGGGAUAUGAUGAAGGCAGCAUCAUCAUCAAGUUGGGUCGCGAGGAACCAGCCAUGUCUAUGGACUCUAACGGUAAGAUCAUGUGGGCCAAGCACUCUGAGGUGCAGCAGGCCAACCUGAAGGCCAUGGGAGAGGCUGAGAUACAGGACGGAGAGAGGCUGUCCCUGGCCGUCAAAGACAUGGGCAGCUGUGAAAUCUAUCCCCAGACCAUCCAGCACAACCCCAAUGGCAGGUUUGUGGUGGUGUGUGGGGAUGGAGAGUACAUCAUCUACACUGCAAUGGCCCUGAGGAACAAGAGCUUCGGUUCAGCACAGGAGUUUGUUUGGGGCCACGACUCCUCAGAGUAUGCUACUCGGGAGAGCAGCAGCAUGGUCAAAGUCUUCAAGAACUUCAAGGAAAAUAAGUAUUUUAAACCAGACUUUGGGGCAGAAGGUAUCCAUGGUGGGUUCUUGCUGGGCGUGAGGUCAGUGAGUGGUCUGGCCUUCUACGAUUGGGAGAACACAGAGCUGGUCCGCCGCAUUGAGAUCCAGCCAAAACACGUCUUCUGGUCAGAGUCUGGGGAGCUGGUGUGUAUUGCCACAGAGGAGUCUUUCUUUGUGCUGCGCUACCUGGCUGAGAAAGUGGCAACAGCACAGGAGACCAAGGAGGGAGUCACCGAGGAUGGGAUAGAGGAUGCCUUCGAGGUGUUGGGUGAGAUUCAGGAGGUGGUGAAGACUGGUCUGUGGGUGGGAGACUGUUUCAUCUACACCAGCUCAGUCAACAGACUCAAUUACUACGUAGGAGGAGAGAUUGUCACCGUCGCCCACCUGGACAGAACUAUGUACCUGUUGGGCUACAUCCCUAAGGAUGACCGUCUGUAUCUGGGUGAUAAGGAGCUGAACAUCGUCACUUACUCUCUGCUGGUGUCGGUACUGGAGUACCAGACAGCUGUAAUGAGGAGGGACUUUGGGAUGGCUGACAGGGUCCUACCCACCAUCCCUAAAGAGAUGAGGACCAGGGUCGCCCACUUUUUAGAGAAACAGGGUUUCAUGCAGCAGGCUCUGGCUGUGUCCACAGACUCAGAACACAGGUUUGAGUUGGCUCUGCAGCUAGGAGAACUGAAGAUCGCCUACCAGCUGGCUGUAGAGGCUGAGUCGGAGCAGAAGUGGAAGCAGUUGGCAGAGCUGGCCACCACUAAGUGCCAGUUUGUCCUGGCCCAGGAGUGUCUGCACCAUGCCCAGGACUAUGGGGGGCUACUGCUGUUGGCCACAGCCUCGGGCAACACCACCAUGGUGGGCAAGCUGGCAGAGGGGGCAGAGAGAGAUGGCAAGACCAAUGUGGCUUUCCUCACCUAUUUCCUCCAGGGGAAACUGGACAAAUGUCUGGAGCUCCUCAUUAAAACCAACCGGCUGCCAGAGGCUGCAUUCCUGGCCAGAACAUACCUGCCCAGCCAUGUGUCUAGGUACAGCACUGGCAGAGUGGUGAAGCUGUGGAAGGAGAGCCUGGGGAAGGUGAACCAGAAGGCAGCUGAUGCGUUGGCCAACCCUACAGACUACAGCAACCUGUUCCCCGGCCUACAGGAUGCCUUCCUGGCCGAAGACUACCUCAAGGAGACCCACGUCAGGCUGAGGCCUGCCGCAGAGUACCCUCUCAUCACCUCCAAUGAGAAUAGGAAUGUCCUGGGGGAAUCUGCAGACUAUGUGCCAAAAGUAGUGCCUGCUGAACCAGAGGUUGCUGGGAGCAUGGAUGAAACCCCUGUAUUGGAAGCAGUGGUAGAAACCCCUGUAAUGGCAGAAGUGGUGGAGGCUGCAGCCCCAGAAGCUCCAGUAGUGGAAGAGUCCAUUGUCAUGGAAGAGGUAGAACCUGUUGCAGCUGCAGUAGUGGAGUUUAUCCCAGCAGUAGAAGAAUCUAUCCCAGUGACAGUAGUGGAACCAACUAUGGCUGCAGUGGAAGAAUCCAUUGAGUUGGCAGAGGAGGAACCCAUUAUUGUUGAAGUGGAAGCUCCCAAGCCAAAGCAGGCAACAUCAGUGGAAGAUAUCAUCACUAAGAUAGAGGCUCUUGUCACCAUAGAAAAUGACACAGAAGCACCCCUCUUGGUGCCAGAGGUAGCACAGUCCACCCCAGAGGAAGAGUUCAGAGCAACACCAGAGGAGGCCGUUGAGGAAAGACCUGCAACAAUGAAGCUCAUAGCAACAGAUGCACCUGUUACAGAGUCGGUCACAGAACCCAUUGUAACAGAAGCACCAGUUGCCGAGGAAGCGCCAGUGCCUAUAGCAACAGAACCAGAACCUGUUACCAUAGAAGCAGUGGUGGAAGCUGAAGCACCCAUUGCCGCAGCAGUACUAGAAGCCAUAGCAACAGAACCCAUGGUUACAGAACAAGCACCUGUUACCAUUGAAGUGGCAGUGGCAGCAGAAGCACCCAUUACUGAGGCAGUAGCAGAAGCCAUAGCAGCAUCUGAAAAAGCCCCAGUCAUUGUAGAAGAAAAUGAACCUGCCCCAGCACCACUCAUAGACCUAUGCCCAGCCAGAGACCUAGUCCCAGCCAUAGACCUAGUCCCAGCCAGAGACCUAGCCUCAACCAUAGACCUAGCCCCAGCCAGAGACCUAGCCUCAGCCAUAGACCUAGCCCCAGCCAUAGACCUAGCCUCAGCCAUAGACCUAUCCCCAGCACCACUCAUAGACCUAGCCCCAGCCAGAGACCUAGCCUCAGCCAUAGACCUAGCCAUAGACCUAGCCCCAGCCAGAGACCUAGCCUCAGCCAUAGACCUAGCCUCAGCCAUAGACCUAUCCCCAGCACCAUUCAUAGACCUAGCCCCAGCCAAAGACCUAGCCCCAGCCAAAGACCUAGCCCCAGCCAGAGACCUAGCCUCAGCCAUAGACCUAUCCCCAGCACCAUUCAUAGACCUAGCCCCAGCCAUAGACCUAGCCCCAGCCAGAGACCUAGCCUCAGCCAUAGACCUAGCCCCAGCACCACUCAUAGACCUAGCCCCAGCCGGAGACCUAGCCCCAGCCAGAGACCUAGCCUCAGCCAUAGACCUAGCCCCAGCACCACUCAUAGACCUAGCCCCAGCCACAGACCUAGCCCCAGCCAGAAACCUAGCCUCAGCCAUAGACCUAUCCCCAGCACCAUUCAUAGACCUAGCCCCAGCCAGAGACCUAGCCCCAGCCAGAGACCUAGCCUCAGCCAUAGACCUAGCCCCAGCACCACUCAUAGACCUAGCCCCAGCCAGAGACCUAGCCUCAGCCAUAGACCUAGCCCCAGCUCCACUCAUAGAACUAGCACCACUCAUAGACCUAGCCCCCGCCAUAGAUCCAGCUACAACCCCAACUGUAGAGGACAAGGCUGCAGCAGCCCCAGCAGUAGAGCCCCUACCAGCACUCACCCAGGUGGUUCCACCAGGCGCAGAGCCAGCCCCUGCAGCCCCUCUAGCUGCCCUCUUAGAGGGUAAAGGUGUGGAGGAGGCAGCCCCUCUAGCUGCCCUCUUAGAGGGUAAAGGUGUGGAGGAGGCAGCCCCUCUAGCUGCCCUCUUAGAGGGUAAAGGUGUGGAGGAGGCAGCCCCUCUAGCUGCCCUCUUAGAGGGUAAAGGUGUGGAGGAGGCAGCCCCGGCAGCCUCUCUAGCUGCCCUCUUAGAGGGUAAAGGUGUGGAGGAGGCAGCCCCUCUAGCUGCCCUCUUAGAGGGUAAAGGUGUGGAGGAGGCAGCCCUGGCAGCCUCUCUAGCUGCCCUCUUAGAGGGUAAAGGUGUGGAGGAGGCAGCCCUUGAAGCCCCUCUAGCUGCCCUCUUAGAGGGUAAAGGUAUGGAGGAGGCAGCCCCUGUAGCAGUAGCAACAGCAUCCAUGGACCUGCUGGACCUGAAUGAUGAGGGCCUUGACGACCUGGACAUGUUUGAUCUGGACGAUGACAUCGACACCACAGACGUCAAUCUGGACGAUGACUUCUUAGACGACUGAAACUGGAGAAAUGCCCUUAAAGUGACCAAAGAGCACAGUGUUGUUCAUACUCCUGGUGAAUGGGAGUGUGUGUGGGGGACCGGGGUGUUUUUACCUUUACAGUGAAACUGGUGAAAGGUGGGGUGGAUGAGUUCAUGUCUUUCCAUCUUUACACUAACUGUGAAACACUGUGGGAGGGGGUUUGUAGAAUGCUUUGGGUGAUAAUGUGGACUGGGUUCAUUCAUUAGGAAUAAACGCAGUAAAUGUUUUGAAACAGGAUACAAAUUUGCCUUCUUAUUGAACAGGUCAAAUGUACUGUGUCAAAUUGAGUUCUGGUUUCGCACAUGCUGAACACAACCCCGGGUUGUAUUCAUUAGUCGUAUUUCAUUGCAAAAUGUUUUGCAAUGGAAACGGUUUACUCCAAAUACAAAACACGUUUCUAUUGUACAAAUGUUCCAUUGCAAACAUUUAGCAAUGGCAUCCAACUAGUGAAAUCCUUUGUACAGUACUUCAUCCUCCAACUCUCACAUUGACCUACAGUAUAGAAUGAUAGUGUGAACCAGUGGUCAUGGGUUUGACAUGUUUACCUUAUCCUCUCACAUAGGAAGACAGGAAUAGUUUACUACUGUACCUCUUACCGCUAGCUAAACAGGCUUUGAUCUUUCAUUCAUUAGUUAGGUCAUGAGCUUGUCUUCAGUAUACCUCUACAUGUCUUGGCAAGCAUGCUGCUCUGCCAUGGUCUAGUAUCUUAUGCAUCUGCUGUUUUUAAUAAGGAACCUAGUUCAUUGUUACAGAUGUGAACCCAAGUGCCUUAUGUAUGACUGGUCUGGAAUUAAAUGCUAUCAACUCAAUAAAGAUGACAAGUCUGUGUCUGAAUCAGGC